AUGGCGCUUUUGCUGGCGCGAGUAUUGAUCCUCACCACACUCUUUCUCCAAGGCCUCGCCAUAUCUACUGAGCUCUCGAGACCUCAGGACACUACAGUCCUCGAUUCUUCCACCACUUCCUUCCCUUCUAUCACUACUUCACUCAUUUCGACCCCUACUGCCGUCGCUUCUACUCCAAUUGCAACAGCGACUCAUCAUCACUGGAGUUAUAUUCCAAGGCCAUUGCCCAGUCGCAAGCCCUGCCGCCCGCGUUCUUCAUCCGCGAUUCCCUCUUCCCUGGCCACUCCCUCCCCGUCAAAUGCCAUUCCUUCGUCUUCUUCGGUGAGGACUCCUUCAGCAGUUCCUUCGUCCUCCCCAGUUCGGAUAUCGCCUGUGGCUGUUACUCCAAUUCCUUCCUCAAGACCUAUCCACACUCCCUCAACAAGCCCGCAGCCGCAUUGGACGUACAUCUCCAGGCCUCUGCCCCAUCGCAGCUGUUCGUUGGGUGCUAGUUCAAGUGCUGCUAUUCCCUCCUCACAGCCUGUUCGCACUACUCCAGUUGCUCCAACCCCUACUGCAACUGGAACUCCGAGCAUAGGCUCAACGGGAGCUCCUCAUCAGGGAACUACAACACCGUCUGCCUCCACGGGUCUGGCGCUUACCACAUCCACUGUUCUUACCACUCGCACAGCGACAAUCACGGCCUGCCCGACUACUAUCCCUGACUGUCCCGCCAGUGCCCGGACAACUUCUGUGACUACGGAAACUGUCCUGGUAUCAACGACCGUUUGUCCAGUGACUGAAGCGUCCAGUACCACCCAGCCUCUGCCUACUUCCGUAGCUUCAUCUGAUGGAUCUGACAAAGACGUUGAGCUUUCCACCUCCACUGUCUUCACAACCCGGACCGCCACAAUCACUGCAUGCCCUUCCUCCGUGACUGAUUGCCCGGCUCGGUCCAGGACCACGUCUCUCACCACCGAGACAAUUCUGGCUUAUACGACCGUUUGCCCAGUGGCCGAGGCAGAAGCAACUGGCGGCCAUGGAGUCACAACUACCCAGCACAGUCCCGUCUCUACUGCUACAGGAGCCAUUUCUAGCUCAGAGCUAACGACAUCUACCAUGCUGAGCACUCAAAUUAUUACCAUAACCGCCUGUCCUGCAUCCGUGACCGACUGCCCUGCUCGAUCGAAGACUGCGCAUCUGGCCACCGAGACCUUCGUCAUCGGGACUACCGUCUACCCCAUCACAGAACAGCCGCAGCCUACUGGUCCUUCUGAUAACCUUCCUGCAUUCACUACAUCGACAGUCCUGAGCACCAGAGUUGCAACCGUCACUGCUUGCGCUGCGAAAGACUCGAACUGCAACGCAGACUCAUCUCAAGGCACUUACAUCAUGACCGAGACCUUGGUCAUCGCGACGUCCGUGCUUCCUGUUCCCUCUAUUCAGACGCAAGGUCCAGCUACAGCCAUCGAUACAAAGACAAUCACUGUCGAUUCCUGCUCAAGCGACGGCACCUGCACCGGGUACGUCAGCAUAAUCACGAUGAGCAAAUCAGAAUCUAGCCAGGCACCAGCCGCCACUGCUUCCGUUCACAUGCCCAGUACCAACUCUGGAUCUGCAGCUGGAAGUAGUUACGUCCCUCAAGCUGCCAUCACCUCCGCGCCUGUGAUUCCUCAGAGCAGUCGACCAAGCGGGCUAAGCACGUCUGCCAUACCGUCUAACUCUGGAUCUGGUUUUGGGAGCACUACUGGGGCGGCGCCAGGUGCUUUGUUUACCGGGGCUGCAUCUGCGAGUAUCGAUGUUCAUUUGACGAUGUUGAAGAUCGUGGGAGCUGUCGUCAUGGUCCUUCUUACAGUGUUUCUUUGA